AUGGAUUCCACCAAUACUACCAGAUCCUCCUCGCCUCUCAGCGAAACAACCACCAAUGCCUCCUCUCCUGCGAGCGAAACGCCCGCCAAUACCUCGAGCUCUACCAACCCUCCAGUCAAGAGAAAACUCUCGUACAAGGUCAAUUGGCCGUGCCAAUUUGACCGCGAGGGUAAGCCGAGGAUUACCGAUAAGAAGCCCAUCCGCAAGGAUGGGUGGACCAUCCCGAGAACCACCAAGCCGCUUUCCACUUUUCUCGAUAGGUGGAUUGCCGACUUCGACAAUCAUGGGUAUUACUUCCGGGAAGAUGUCCUCAUGGGAUACGAGGAGGAUGAGGACUGGGACACCAGAGCUCCGCACAAUUGGGAGCAUCUUGAAAGAGCUCUCGAGAGUGAGGCCGAAUGUGAAAAAAGGUUGUUGAAAUGCAAGAUUUCCAACCCAAAGGCCUACGCGAUGUACAAUGCGGAGUACUAUAUGGGUUGCAAGAGGGCUGCGCAGGAGGUCAGGAUGUUCUAUAUGUAG